CCGGGUUUGUUGGCAGCUUUCACAAGCCUGCCAGACAAUAUUGUAUCCAAACUUCCUAGGAAUCCGUUGUUGAGCUCCAAGGAGUUCAGGCUCGGCUCUUCCUAGUAGUAGAAGCCAUUUUCUGGCUUCUAAAACAAUCUUGUAAUUUUAAAGUUUGUCUGUGAAUGUCUUGACGUUUUGUCGGACUACACAUCAGGAUGUGGAGAGAGGCUUUGAUAGCCCUAUUGGCUCUUGCAGCCGUGAUACACGCUCAAGGUGUUGAGAGCGAAUGCUAUGAUGAAGCGGGUGAAGAAGUUGCCGAUGGCGACAGUUGGAUUCCGGACAUUACUGACCCAUGCUACGUGUGCACAUGCAGUGGAACACAGGCUAUCUGCAAGGACACAGCCUCUUCCUGUGCGUCUAUCGACUGUGGUGAUGAUGAGCCUGUGAAGCCUGUUGGUGUAUGCUGUGCCUCGUGCCCAGAUAAACCUUCAAACACAGAGCAGGAAAUGCUCGGUGAUGAAGCAUCAGAGGGGGGAUCUGAUAUAGCUAAGUCACGUAUGCGUAGACAGGCAGGAACAAGAAGUGCAGGAAGUCGACGUCGCGCUAGUACCAGAAGACCUUCUAGUAGACGUACUGGUAGCUUUAGUACUAGAGGUGGCGCUGGUGGCGCUGGGGGGGCUGGUGGUAAACGUACGGGUGGCAGUAGCUUCAGUUUUAGUUCAGGUGGCGGUGCUGGAGGCGGUGGUGCCGGUGGUGCCGGAGGAAAACGAAGGGGUGGUGGGACUGGAAGUAGCUUUAGUUCCGGAUCUGGUGGUGGUGGUAGUGCCGGUGGUGCCGGUGGUGCCGGUGGUGCCGGAGGAAAACGAAGGGGUGGUGGAACUGGAAGUAGCUUUAGUUUCGGAUCUGGUGGUGCCGGUGGCGGUGCUGGUGGCGGCGCUGGAAGUGGUGCCGGUGGUGCUGGUGGUGCCGGUGGUGCCGGAGGUAAACGAAGGGGUGGUGGAACUGGAGGUAGCUUUAGUUUCGGAUCUGGUGGUGCAGGUGGCGCUGGUGGUGCCGGUGGUGCCGGUGGUGCCGGAGGUAAACGAAGGGGUGGUGGAACUGGAGGUAGCUUUAGUUUCGGAUCCGGUGGUGCCGGUGGUGGCGGUGCUGGAGGCGGUGGUGCCGGUGGUGCCGGAGGUAAACGAAGGGGUGGUGGAACUGGAGGUAGCUUUAGUUUCGGAUCUGGUGGUGCAGGUGGCGCUGGUGGUGCCGGUGGUGCCGGAGGUAAACGGAGGGGUGGUGGAACUGGAAGUAGCUUUAGCUUUGGUGGUGGUGGUGCUGGUGGUGCCGGAGGUGCCGGCGGUAAACGAGGGGGUGGUGGAACUGGAGGUAGCUUUAGCUUUGGGACCGGUGGCAAAACAGGCACAGGGGGAAAACGUACAGGUGGAACAGGUGGUACAGGAGGGACCGGGGGAACCGGUGGAAAGACCAGUGGAAGCAGUUUCAGUUUUGGUACUGGUGGUACAGGUGGUACAGGUGGUACUGGUGGUACAGGUGGUACAGGUGGAAAAACUAGUGGAAGCAGUUUCAGUUUUGGUACAGGAGGUAAGAGAGGGACUGGUGGAACCGGUGGUACAGGUGGUACUGGUGGAACAGGUGGAAAAACCAGUGGAAGCAGUUUCAGCUUUGGCACAGGUGGUGGAACCGGUGGUACAGGUGGUACAGGUGGUACGGGUGGUACGGGUGGAAAGACCAGUGGAAGCGGUUUCAGUUUUGGCACAGGUGGCGGAACCGGUGGUACAGGUGGUACAGGUGGUACGGGUGGAAAGACCAGUGGAAGCGGUUUCAGUUUUGGUACAGGUGGUACAGGUGGUUCUGGCGGUUCAGGUGGUACUACUGGUAAAACCAGUGGAAGCGGUUUCAGUUUUGGGUCAAGCGGUAGUAGCGGAACAGGAGGAAAAACAGGAGGAGGUUUCACAUUUGGCUCUGGGACAGCUGGCUCAAAAACAAGUGGUUCUAGUGGUUCUAGUGGUUCUAGUGGUUCCAGUGUUUCCGAUAAGGCUUUGAAUAUUGGUUCAAGAUCCGGUGCCGGAGGUUCUGGUGGUAGCUCAUGGAGCAGCUCUUCUGGCAGUAGUGGUUCGUCAGGAAGUGGUGGUGGGGCUAGUGGUACUGGUGGUGGGGCUAGUGGUACUAGAGGUACAGCCGGCACAGCAGGUACAGCCGGUAGAACGUCAUCUAGUGGAACACGGUCAUAUGGCACAUCUGGAGCGUCAGGUAGUCGAACUCGUUCAAGUUCCGGUUCCAGUAGGUCUUCUUCCUCUAGAAGCAGCAGUCGUUCCUACAGUUCUUCUUCCAGGGGUCGUUCUAGAAGUAGUGGUGGUAGCGGCAGACGCCGCACUGCCCAGAACACACAAGGCAAUGUCAAAGCCGGACCCGCCUACUCUCCACAGUACUAUUCACCAGGUGCACCUGGCCCACGUGGACCUCCCGGCCCUCCUGGACAACCCGGACCCCAGGGAUUCCAGGGAAUGCGCGGAGAAUCUGGCGAUCCAGGCCCACCCGGUUCCUCUGGACAACGUGGAUUUGCUGGCCCACCUGGCCCCCCCGGUCUCGAUGGUGAGGAAGGUAUGCCUGGAGACCCAGGUCCAGCCGGAGCUCUUGGAUCACCUGGAUCAUCUGGACGCCCAGGAAUGCCAGGAAUGCCUGGACCCAAAGGACACAGAGGAGCUUCUGGUCGUCCCGGACGUGACGGAGAACAAGGAAAGCAAGGAGAGAAAGGUAUUUCCGGUGCAUCUGGAGCCCCAGGAUCUUCUGGACCUCAGGGACCCCGUGGAUCCCCCGGAGAGAGAGGCCGUGACGGAAGUCCCGGAGCCCCCGGUAUCCGUGGAGAAGAUGGUAUGGCUGGUAACGCUGGAUCUGUAGGACCUAUUGGACCCCCCGGACCCCCUGGAUUCCCCGGAUCAUCUGGAGCUAAGGGAGAUGCUGGUCAAUCUGGAGAUCGUGGCCCAUUGGGAGCACAAGGUGCCCCCGGAAACAAUGGCGCCGCUGGUCAACCUGGUCAACCUGGAAGGCCUGGUUCCCCUGGUGAUGAUGGCAAUCCUGGUACUAAGGGCGAGAUGGGACCCGCUGGUGGACCCGGUUCUCCUGGCUUCCCCGGUCCCCAGGGACCUCCCGGAGCCGCAGGUGCCCCCGGUGCUGUUGGAAACAAGGGAGAUCAGGGACGUGAUGGAAGCCCCGGAAGCCAGGGAGAGGUUGGAGCUGCUGGUCAAGCCGGUCAACAAGGAGAGAGAGGUCUGCCUGGACUUCCUGGUCAGGAGGGAAAGAGGGGAGCCACUGGAGCAGGUGGACCCCCCGGUUCCUCAGGACCAAGCGGUGAAAGGGGACUUCCCGGAACCCCCGGAAUGUCUGGACGCCCCGGCGCUGCAGGAGUUGCUGGAAAGGAUGGAGCACGUGGUCUCCAGGGAGAACGCGGAGAGGCUGGACAACAAGGUGUAGCUGGAGCCCCAGGAAGCGCUGGACAAACCGGAGCUCGUGGUGCCCCAGGAUUCCCUGGUGCUGACGGUGCCCCUGGCGAGCGUGGACCCGCUGGCAACCCCGGAGUUGAUGGUAACCCAGGAGAACAAGGACCCCAGGGCAUCCAGGGACCCCCAGGUCUUCAGGGCCCCUCUGGAAACAAGGGAGAUACUGGCUCAGCAGGCAAGGACGGUGAUGUUGGCAGACCAGGAGCACCAGGAUCCCGUGGACCCAGAGGACCUGCCGGAGAGGCUGGUUUGGAGGGACCCCCAGGAUCACCCGGCGCUGAAGGAGAGAUUGGAUCUUCCGGCCGUCCAGGUGAACAAGGAUUCCAGGGACUUCCCGGUCCCGCUGGACCCCCCGGCGAAGCUGGACGCUCAGGACCCCCUGGUGAGACUGGAAUCCCCGGAGAGGUUGGCGCAAGCGGAGAGAGAGGUGAGCGUGGUGCCCCCGGAGAGGUUGGAGUUGCUGGAUCACGUGGUGCCCCAGGUGAGAGAGGACCAAGUGGACCAUCUGGAGAAGUCGGACAAUCUGGACCACCCGGACCCGCUGGAGCUAGAGGAGAUGCCGGCGCUCAGGGUCUUAUCGGUAUGCCUGGCGAGAGAGGUCCACUUGGACGUGUCGGAGCACCAGGAAACAGGGGUCUCACUGGCGAGCGUGGACAGGAUGGAGAACCUGGUCGCCCAGGUGAGGCUGGAGCCCCAGGAUCACCCGGUCAACCCGGACCUUCAGGACUUGUUGCUGCCAAGGGAGACCGCGGAGAAACUGGACCCUCUGGAGAGCCUGGUUCACCAGGUUCAUCUGGACAGAGAGGACCUGCAGGAGCCCAGGGACCACAAGGACCAACUGGACUUGCUGGACCUACAGGAGAGAUGGGACAACCAGGAGACGACGGACAGACUGGUGCCAAGGGCGACAACGGAGCACGUGGAUACCCUGGCGAGGCUGGACCAAUCGGCGCACCAGGAAAUGAAGGACGCGAGGGCAGGAAGGGCAACCGUGGAUCUGGUGGUAUUCCCGGCAAUUCUGGUACCCCAGGCGACCCAGGACGUGCUGGACCCCCUGGCUCCCCAGGCGCUCAAGGACCCCCCGGACCCUCAGGAGCUACUGGAUUGGCCGGAGAUGGCGGCGAGCGUGGUGAGACUGGACCUCCCGGUCGUGCAGGUGAACCUGGUUCUCCUGGCCUUCCUGGUCUUGAUGGCGCCCAAGGAGAGAGGGGAUCUUCCGGACUCAACGGACCAUCUGGACCUCCCGGACCAGUAGGACCCCAAGGAGAGCGCGGUGCCAACGGAUUCCCAGGUUCUCAGGGAGAGGCUGGUGCAUCUGGACCCCCCGGAUCUGCUGGAGAGCCCGGACUUCGUGGAGAAGAUGGAAAUGAUGGUGCCCCAGGACAAGCCGGACCCCCAGGACCUACCGGACCUGCCGGUUACCCAGGAGAGACUGGACAACCCGGAUCUCCAGGAAAGGAUGGACCACUCGGACCUGUUGGACGUUCAGGAGCUAAGGGAUCUCGUGGAGCCGGUGGAGCCACUGGACCACCAGGACUGAAUGGACCUGUCGGCGCACCAGGAAACUCCGGACCUCCCGGACCUCAGGGAGAACGUGGCGAGAGGGGAGAAGUUGGCUCCAGUGGACCUGCUGGAUUAACCGGACAACGUGGACCCGCUGGUGCCCGCGGUGCUGUCGGAGAGAAGGGAGAGAACGGAUGGGAUGGAGCUAAGGGCGACAAGGGCUGGCCAGGAAUGCCUGGACCCCAAGGACCACCCGGACCUCUCGGAAGCAAUGGAGACCCCGGCCCACCAGGACCUCCCGGAGUUUCAGGCCAGAAUGGAAAAUCUGGAAGUCGCGGUCGUACCGGCCGUAGUGGAAGCCCCGGUCAACAGGGACCUCCCGGACCUUCUGGUGCUCGUGGACCAUCUGGUGACGACGGACUCACUGGAGCCAAGGGACCUUCCGGACCUCCUGGACCACCCGGACCACCCGGCUACGGACCAGUAUAUUCACCUCAGCCAAACUGGAACAAGGGACCAGACCCAUACCAAUAUGAUGAGCCAGAGGGCGGUAUGGCAGUGUAUGAGAACCUCAACAGAGUUAGAGAGGCUAUCGUCCGUAUAGGAAACUCCAGACUCGGCAGCCGUACUUCACCUGGCAAGAACUGCAGGGACAUCAAACUCAGCAACCCCGACUUCAAGGAUGGCGAGUACUGGAUCGAUCCUAAUGCCGACUCUGCUCUUGACGCCGUGAAGGUAUUCUGCAGAAUGGAGACCCUUGAGACAUGCGUUAAGCCCAAGCUUACUGAGUACCGCCGUGACCGCUGGACCAAGGACAGCACCAGUGGCCAAUACUUCAUGUCCGAUGUCUUCGGCAAGGUCAAGGAGUUCAAGUACGACAUCGAUGUGACUCAGCUGAAGGUUCUCCAGUUCGACUCCCAGAGCGCCAGACAGGGAGUUACAUACCACUGCCUCAACUCCCACACCUACGGCACCCGCUUCAUCACCGAUUCCGGCGACGAACUUGACUCAGCUGAGGGUAGAUUCAAGAGGUCAACAUACAUCGACAUCCUGGAGGGAGAAUGUGAAAAUGUAUCAUCUAAAGAUAACCAAUGGCAUACAAACAGAUAUGAAGUUAGGACCAACAAAUCAGAACUAUUGCCUUUAGUCGAUGUCUUGCUAUUCGAUAUUGGUGGAGAAAACCAACAAUUUGGCAUCGACGUAGGAGAGGUGUGCUUCAGCUAAACCGACAAGAUACAUAGCUAAUUUGCAUAAUUUAAUAUUUUGGUACUAUGGGGCCAAACGUUUUCAAGGAGUAUCAUCCAUGUUAGUGGUCUGUAUUUUCUAUGCCCAAAUCAAAUUCCGUCCACAUGUUGUAUGCUAGUAUUUUAAAGAUCACGUGAAUGUAGGACCUCGUUCUGACUUUGAUGACCUCAUUGUUACCAAGGCAACUGUGAUGCAAUCCACCAAUGACAUUUGGCGGGGAAACAACACUCAACUGUGAUGUAAAUAUUGUGAUACAACAACUCUAACACUGCCACGAUUGACUCACACCUCGCCAAAAAUCUGGGAUGAACCUCAAGGAAAACUUAUCAUUUUAUCAAAGAAAUAUUAUCAUUUGAUUAAUCCAUGUCCAUUUACAAUAACAUCUUUCAUUGUCGGUGCGAAGCUGAAAGGGGAAAUAAAAUUAAAAAAUUA